AUGGGCGCGGCGCUUCCUUUUGUGGCCGCAGGUGCCGCCGCCCGUUCCGUUUGGGAAGUUUCAGUGGGAGCGCCGCGGCAGAGGAAGAACGGGAUGCGUCUCUUUUCCAAUUUCCACCACCAUCGUUGCCGCCGCCAGGUUCCAGCCAGCGGGCUAGCAACAAAGCGAGCGCGGGCGCGCGGUCUACUCCUAGCAGCCGCCUUGGGAGGCGAAAACGAGACUCGCCUCGGGUGGGUGCAUGCGCCCGGAGGAAUUUGUGCUCCCGUCCACUCAGUCCAGCCCCACCGCCACCGGCGACUAGAAACGGACGGAAUUGAAGUGGUGGCGCGCACAGUGGUAACGGAAGAGGCGCUUGUGGGGUUGGAGACGGGACGGGACGGGGGGGAAUUAUACCUACCUUGCAAGCCCCCCGGUGUAUCGCCUGGCAGUGUCAGGCUUCCCGAUCAAGAGAUACCUUCCUCCUGCGAUUACCGAACCACUCGCCCUUUCAUCUCCUCCUCGCCCUCUCUCGCUGUCCUAAUGCCCGUCGCCAUCGCCGGCCCAGCAUAGUGCCGGGGCGGCCGUUGCUGCCCGCAAAGCCGUCCCAGCACGCCCCGCCUCUGCCCCGGUGGUGAGCGGCGGCCGGCCGAAGAAUUCCCGCGUGGGGGGAGGGGUGGAGGAGAAGAGGGAACCCGUCCGAGGACAGGAGAGGAGAGGAGCGGAUCGGCUGGGGCUUUCAUGAAGGACCUAGUGUCGUGCUUCAGCGAGCACGCCGUGCGGAUCUCCGACGUCGCCUGCUCCGGCGCCGCCAAUGCGGCGGCCUGCGCCCCGGGCCCCGGCGGGGCAGCUGGAGGCAGGGCGGCGGCGUCGGCGGCCGUCAGCGCGGUCACCACCGGGUACCGGUCUUGGCUCGCCGCGUCCGGGAAGGAGCUGCUCGUCGAGGUCACGUGGUCGCGGGCGCCCGACGGGCCCGCGCUCUCCGUCGCCGUCCACGAGGCCUCCGCCGCCGCCGCCGCGCCGCGACACCUGCACAAGAAGAAGGGGAGCGGGACGUUCACGGCGGGCAGCUGCGUGGUGGGCGUCUUCUGGGACUACGCCGCGGCGCGGUACGCCGCCGUAGGCGCCGGGCCCGAGCCGGCCUCCGGGUUCUACGUCGCCGUCGUGGCGGACGCCGAGUUCGUGCUGCUGCUGGGCGACCUCAGCCGCGGGUACGUCGAGCGGCUGCACGGCGGGAUACCGGUCGCGGGCUCCCGGGUGGCGCGCCGCCGGGAGCGGUUCGUCGGGUGCGGGUGCUGGUCCACGAGGGCCCGGUUCCUGGAGGCCGGCGCGGAGCACGAGAUCGCCGUCGCGGUGCUGGACGGCGACGCCGAGGCCUGGGUCGCCGUGGACGGCCGCAAGGUGGUGCAGCUCCGCCGGCCGCGGUGGAACUUCCGCGGCAGCCACACCAUCUUCGUCGACGGCGGCGCGCCGGUGGACAUGACGUGGGACCUGCACGGCUGGCUGUUCCACGCCGGCGCCGAGCCGCCCCACGCGUCCUCCUCCUCCGCCGCCGCCUCCUGCGCCGUGUUCACGUUCCAGGCGCGCGGCGCGUCGGAGACAAGGCUGUGGACGGAGGACGACGACGGCAGCGCCGGCGAGGAGCUGGAGAAGCCGGCGAGCGGCCGGCGACACAAGCCCGGAGGCGGAGGGGCAUCGGGGCAGGGGUUCUGCCUGCUGAUCCAAGGCUUCAGGGGCUUUUCCAAGAGCACUUAACCUGUACAUGCCGUUAGGGACUUUCCAUCGCCAUUUUUUUUCACUUCUUCUUCUUGAUUUGUGUGCUUGGAAGAAUGGAUUAGGAUCGGCGUGCUGCUGGUUGACCACUUGUUGAUUAAUCCGAACAUGACAAGGGGUGUGUGAUUGUGAAUGGUAGGAUAGGAGGGGAGGCUGACAUACGGAAAGAGAUGCUUUCGUUUCAGUUUGCUGCGUCACUGUCCUGAUUUCACACGACAUGACUGUAACAGUGUUCUUCUGCAACUGACUUAUCAGAAAUACACUAAAGAUUGGAUCUUUUUUACCUUA